AUGUUUUCGAAGUUUCACCGUGGGCACUGGGAGCAAGAGCGCGCCCGCCUCCGCAAGCAACCAGAGCUCACAUCACGGGAGUCCUAUCAUCUCUGGGCGUGGCUGCGCGCGAAUCGGCAGCCGUCGGAGACUGAUCCGUCCACUGGCCUGCGCAAGCAGCAACUCGAGCAGCAGAGGCUGCUGGCAGAUUUGCUUUCAAGAAGUGGCUUCGAUGCCAUUGUUGAGAUGGCGGAGUAUGCUGACGCAAUUUCAGAGUGGCUUCCGCAGAGAUUCAGAACCGAAAUGAGGAUUUCCGUCUCCGAUCUGAAAGCUGUGGAGCUACUCGAGCUUGUGAGGAAUGGAGUGAGUGCCCUGGAUCCAGACUUUGACAGCAUGGAUGACACUGGGGGUGGGUCUGACAACAUGUCCUUUGCCCAAAGGCUGUUCGCGGAGGUUGGUCUUGGUGGCAAGAAGGUGUGGCUUCUGCUGGAAAACGCAGCGGACACGGAGGAGGACCAGCGUGGACCUCAACACAAAAUCUUGCUGGAAGUGUCAGCUGGAGCCUUGGAUCACCGGGUCCAGCGUUUGCAGCAGCUUGCGAACGGCUGGGGUCAGACCAAGAUUCAGGAAGGCCUCUGCCUUCACCUUACAGCAGCAGCGGAGGCUCUGGCAUGGUGCCACAACAGGCUCGACGAGAUCUCCGAGCAUUCUGCACGGCAACGGCCCGCCAUCAGUGAGGGAGAUGAACAGAUUCAUUUCCGGGACACGGCUUUCAGCCCAAAGUCGCGGAGCUGGCGACGGGCACGCAGAAGACCAGGUCUGCAAUUCUUCCCGCUGCGGCAUCCUGAACGCCGCUGCCAGAGCCCCUCCAAAGACGAGGGCAAGAGUGGGUUCCCACUCCGCGCAGACAUAUGGCCUGCCUUGAGGGUUGACACCGUCGUCCGCAGGGAAGAUGUUCCCGGAGACUUGGGCGCUCGAGGGCUGGAAGCAAAGAGCCAGGCGCGAGAAACAACAUGCCGGCGACGCUGGGCUGAGUACCAGGCAGAGGCGCUGUAUGUGACGACGCCGGUCUCAAAAGAGCCGCGCUUCACAAGGUCAAAAAAAGCAUACGCCGGCUGGCCGUCCCUGCACAAGCCAUCGGCUAGGAGAGGUGCUUUGGAAGAGCUGCCCCCUUCAGUAGCGCAAAUGCGCUGCUGA